AUGGCUAGUCUCCCCGUCAAUCCAGGUCACGAGGGUCUCGUAGGAAAAUCACACCUGUUGGGCCAGCGACCACGAGGUCAAUCCCAGCCAAUGCCUCAUGCUGAGCCUGAGAGCGCUAUCGAAAGGGACCAGAGGAUCGGCUUGCAAAGAAUAAGAGACUUCCUCAAAGUGAGGACAAGCUAUGAUGUCCUGCCCUUGAGCUUUCGCUUAAUCAUCUUUGACACUGCCCUCUUGGUCAAGAAGAGCCUCACUAUCCUCAUCCAGAAUGGCAUCGUCUCCGCGCCCCUUUGGGACUCCAAGACAUCCUCUUUCGCAGGACUCUUGACUACUUCCGACUACCUCAAUCUCAUCCAAUACUACUGGCAGAAUCCUGAAGCUGUGAGCCGCAUUGACCAAUUCAAAUUGAACAGCUUACGCGACAUCGAGAGGGCCAUUGGCGUCCAGCCUCUCGAGACUGUGUCCAUACAUCCCCAAAAGCCGCUGUACGAGGCGUGUCGGCGCAUGCUUGAAUCUCGGGCGCGGCGGAUACCAUUGGUCGACAUCGACGAUGAGACCAAACGUGCUAUGGUAGUCAGUGUGGUGACUCAGUAUCGGAUUCUGAAGUUCGUUGCGGUCAACGUUUCAGAGACCCAAUUGCUGCGUAAGCCGCUGAAGCACCUCAAGCUUGGCACGUACAAGAAUCUUGAGACUGCCAAGAUGGAAACGCCUGUUUUUGAGGUCAUCCAUCAGCUUGUUAACAGUGCGAUAUCCAGUGUGCCAAUUCUGAACAGCGACGGCGUUGUCACCAACGUAUUCGAGGCUGUAGAUGUCAUCACGUUGAUCAAAGAUACGAACUACGACAAUCUCAACCUCAAUGUCGGCGAAGCCCUUCAGAAACGGCAAGAGGACUUUCCGGGAAUCUAUACGUGCUACAUUGAUGACCGUCUAGAUACGAUCUUUGACACGAUACGAAAAUCGCGGGUGCAUCGCCUGGUUGUGGUAGAUGAAGACAACCGGUUGAUUGGGUUGUUGACCUUGAGUGAUAUCCUCGAGUACAUACUUCUUGAAGGAGAAGGGGACGAUAGCAAACAGCAAUAA